UAGUUCUUCAUUUUCAUGUCCCCACACCCUCCUUCCUUCUGUGUGCUAUUAAAGGGAGGAAACUGCUUAGCUGAGGUGGUAUGCCACUCAGGUCCUGAAAUCCUCAAUGGUGUCAUCAAGAGCGUGAAGAAAGAUGGAGAAUGGAAGGUUCUUAUUGUGGAUCACAUGAGCAUGCGAAUUCUGUCCUCUUGCUGCAAGAUGUCUGACAUUUUGGCAGAGGGGGUGACCAUUGUAGAGGACAUCAAUAAACGAAGGGAGCCCAUCUCUAGUUUGGAAGCCAUUUAUUUGAUUUCACCUGUGAAGAAGUCUGUUCAUGCUCUCAUUAACGACUUCAAAGACUCUGCCUUUACCUACAAAGCAGCACACAUCUUCUUCACUGACACUUGCCCAGAUGGUCUCUUUGCAGAGAUUGGGAGAUCCAGAGUUGCCAAGGUCGCCAAGACUUUAAAAGAGAUCAAUGUUGCUUUCCUGCCAUAUGAGUCUCAGGUAUUCUCCCUGGAUGACCCGACCUCUUUGUACUCCUUCUAUAGUUCUAAGCCAAAUGAAGAAAAAGACAAAAUGAUAGAAAAUCUGGCAGAGCAGAUUGCAACCCUGUGUGAUACACUGAAGGAGUACCCUGCAAUCCGUUACCGCAAGGGACCAGAAGAGAAUGCUAGACUGGCUGAUGAGGUCUACCAGCGCCUUACUGCUCACAAAGCUGACAACCCAAGCAUGGGAGAGGGUCCGGAUAAGGCACGAUCCCAGCUACUGAUUGUUGAUCGUGGGUUUGAUCCCAUCUCACCUAUUCUACAUGAGCUGACUUUGCAGGCAAUGGCCUACGACUUGCUAGAUAUCAAACAGGACAUCUAUGCUUAUCAGACGACCGGCAUUGGGAAUUCAAAUGAGAGAGAAGUGUUAUUGGACGAAGAUGAUGAGCUCUGGGUUCAGCUCAGACAUAUGCAUAUCGCAGAUGUUACUAAGAAAGUGACAGAACUUCUUCGCUCCUUUUGUGAGAGUAAGCGAAUGUGCACUGACAAUGCCAACAUAAAGGAUCUCUCGCAGAUGUUAAAGAAGAUGCCACAGUAUCAGAAGGAGCUAAGCAUGUACUCUACUCACUUGCACCUAGCUGAAGCUUGUAUGAAGAAAUUCAAGGCCUCUCUUGAUAAGCUUUGUGAAGUGGAACAGGACCUGGCAAUGGGAGCAAAUGCAGAAAGGGAACCUCUAAAGGAUGCCAUGAAGAGUAUUGUUCCUGUGCUCCUAAACAAUGAAAUUGAGGCCUAUGACAAAAUCCGCAUCAUACUGCUGUACAUAUUCCACAAGAAAAAAGGCAUUGGGGAGGAGAACCUUGCCAAGCUCAUCCAGCAUGCAAACAUACAGGCUGACAGCAACAUCAUCAACAACCUGCAGAACCUGGGCUGUAACAUUAUAGCUGGGGGCCGCAAUGCUGGGAAAAUGCUGCCAGAUCGAAAGGAGCGCACAGAGAGCACAUAUCAGCUCUCUAGAUGGACACCCACCAUCAAAGACAUCAUGGAGAGUGCCAUAGAGGAUAAACUUGACAGAAAGCAGUGGCCAUUCAUAGCUGAUCCUGCUCCCAUCAACACAACUCAGACUGCAGUCAGCAGUGCACGUUUUGGACACUGGCACAAAAAUAAAACUCCAGCAGAGUAUCGCUCUGGCCCUCGACUUAUUAUAUUUGUGAUUGGUGGGGUGUCACACUCAGAGAUGCGCUCUGCCUAUGAAGUCACUCGAGCUACUGAGGGGAAGUGGGAAGUGCUGAUUGGGUCAUCUCAUAUCCUGACUCCAACCAGCUUCCUUAAUGAUCUGAAGAGUCUGGACCAAGUUCCUAAUCCUGAUUGUUAGAUAGUUUGAUGCUGAGCAGGGAAGAGCACACUGGAAUAAGGGUUUAGUCUUUUGUUUGAGAUGAUUGCUUGCUGGUCUUCUGUCACAGCACUCAUGCGACGUGUGAAGUGAAACAUGAAGAUAACUUUUAGAUGUAGCCACUGAAGGAAACAAUUGUGGUUCUUCAUUUUAUUUUAGAAUGUUCUUUUUGUUGUUUGUUGCAAAUAUUAAUUCUGUAUACUGCUGUGAUUGAAAUUGUAUGAAGAUAUUUAAUUUGACAUUAUUCAUAUUUUGAUUAUUUUACUAUUCUCUUUCAAAUUAUUAUUUUUGUUACUGCAAUGUAUGUUUUCGAUUUCCCUAAUUUUGUACUCAAAAAAAUUGGAUCAAAAAUAUAAUUCAAGUCUAAUGUAUGAGUCAAUAGAAGUAUGUAUUGUAUAUUUAGUGACAUCAAGUGUGGGAUACCUUUUUUUUCCAGGUACCUUUUUUUCCUUAGGAAAUUUAAUCUCAGACAAAAUGUCUCAACUGCUGUUAAGAAAUCUUGCACAUUUACCAUAUACUUUAAUAUAUUGUUGAGAGCAAGUGUGGUGGCUGUUUGUUUCUUUGUUGUUAAAAAUGAGUAAUAAAAGAAACAUCAUGUUCAC